AUGGUGUACGCAGCUUUACCCUCGACAAGAUCCUCUGCCUUUUCUGUGAGCAUCACACGUCGUUUGUCCAUGCGAUUUAUUGGCUUUGGUGACGGGGUACCGCUUUUUUUUUUGCCCGGCUACGUCUACGUCAUCACGGAGACGUUGUACUGCGAGGGCUUGGACCUCUGCAUGGUGCAACCGAAGUACCCGCGGGCAUGGUGUGCCGCUGGUAAGCCACAGACGCUAAGUAAGUGGAGGCGUUUCAAGUGGUGUGAGCAACCAGACAAGAACCAGACAAUGAGAACUGGUGGCUCCCACAAGCAGACAACACGUGACGGUGGCGGUGGAACCGGUGAGGCUGCGUUGAAAGAGAGCAGUUGGGAGCAAUGCGGCUGGAAUGGUCGGAGGCGCCCAGUUUCUUUGGGGGCGGUGGUGCGUUCUACACCCUCUGGGGCUGGCACGACUAUCGCAUUCGAAUUCGCUUUUGUCAACAUGUUUCUGUCAUCGUUUUUGAGGUCCUCGUUUGGAGAAAAGUGGAGGUUGUCUUCACGCCGUUGCAGGAAACCAGACUGCAGCAUCCCGGUAUCGCGAGGACGCCUCGAUAUAAGGCGAUGCUUCUUUUGGUCCCGUGCCAUGUGGCGGCAUCGAAGACGGAGGCCCUUGCGUACACGAGUUCCGGUGGCAUCGAGCAUCCGGGCGGCAGGAUGGCCCACCAUGCGGUACAAGACGUAUAUUUGA